AUGGCUAUCCUCAAGCGGCUCGAGCCGGCGACGAGCAAUGAGACGAAUGACUGUUACCUCGAAAACAUUGCAGACCCCGACAUCACUGGCUGGGGCGUGGUGGCCUCUUUCGUGGCGUCCGUCACUCUCACCAUUGUCACCAUAGCAUGGGUCUACGCGCGGGGGAAGCUCCCCGCUCAUCGCUACAACAGCGUAGACGUGCAGUUCCUGUCCACAUUCUUCUGGCGCGGCCAUCUCGUCAUUCGCCGCCUCCCAUCAUCGACCGAGACCCCGCCGCGCGCGCCCCCGGACCCGUCGGCGCAUCCUCGCCUCUCGCGCCAGAACACGGCGGUGCGCCGCGAGAAGAAGCUCAAGGCGUACGAGAGACUGAUCCUCGCUGUCAGCGACCAGCAGCUGAUUACUGGCUUCGCGCUCUUGGUGAGCACAAAUGUUAUUUGUGCUUCAAAAGAGCUCAGCAGAACCUGGUCGGUCUACUCGUAUCAAAUCGCCACGUCGUCAGCCUUCUUCGCCGCUCUCACACAUUUGUCGUGCGUCACGGUGCUUCGCGACUACUUUUUGGGACACAAGGCCCUACGGGGGCUACGCUUCGGUUCUAUGGGCGUGAUUCUCGUCAUAUUGAUUGCGAAUCUUGCCAUUGGACAAUCAGACAUCAAGGACGCAGAUAAGUUACGGAGUUCAGCCAAUGAUAUUGGCCGACCACAAGACCGCCUCCUUUCACAGCCGCCAGAUCAGACGACGAAUAUAGAGCUCAGUGUUGGAGUGCAGCAGCCAGAGCAAAACGACUCCGAACGGCUCAUGCUUCAAACAGAUACUCUCAGCCGCGGAACAGAAGUAUUGCACCCAGUAGAUUCUACAACAAGGAUUCUAGAGCUACAGUAUAGCCGCAUAGUACGCUAG